AUGUCCUCCGAGAAGAACGACAUGUAUUCCGUCGAGCAUGACGAGCAGCCUCAUCUCCAAGUCCCCAUGCAACAUGAUGGCAUGGCUGUUCUAUUUCACUGCAUCCUGGUUUCUAGCUGGCCGCCCGUAUUUGACCCUGUUGUGAAGCAACUACCUCCGGGUAUGGAGCUUGACUAUCGCAUUCUGAGCGACGGUUGGAGAACGGUUCUCCCGAGCAACGCCAUUGAAUCUGGAAUCAAGAAAGGAUGUUCAAAAUGCACAGAGCAUAGGUUGGCAAAUGCUCUUAUGAGCGAGGAGAGAGAUGUGUUGGUUCUGAUCAAGAAGUUGAUCAAGCCACCGCACGAUGUUCAAGCCGAAAAGCUCUAG